UCAGUGAGAUCAGCAGACUGGGAAAGAGCACCAGUAGGGCAGCACCAAAAAAAGGACCAGAUAUAGAGUCUGACUGAGCAUGCAGACUUUAAACUUUUCUUUGACCCACCCUGGUUCACAAUCCUUUAGUCUUCAGAAGAAAGACUUUCUGGGGCUCAUGGAAGACCACGUACACUGUAAGCGGAUCUACAUUUCUCUACAGAUGGCAGUGAAUGGCACAUAAAGGUUGGAUAGAGAGGACUUUCGAGAAAAGAGAAUGUAUUCAAAAAUUUCCGAGCAAAGACCCAGCCCGAUGUGCCUGUGGUCAGCUAACGACCCAGCACAUGGCCAUCCCUCCUGGUGCUAUCACCAACAAGCCCUUGGGGGAGAACCACCAGUUGGUACAGAUCGAUGCUCCCCAGGAAAGGUGGUCUGUGCUCAAACACACCCAGACCUCUGCUACCGAUGCCUUCGGCACCAUUGAGUUCCAGGGUGGUGGCUUCAUCAACAAGGCCAUGUAUAUCCGAGUGUCUAAUGACACCAAGCCUGACAACCUGUUACACCUGAUGGUGAAGGACUGGCAGCUGGAACUGCCCACCUUGCUCAUCUCAGUCCAUGGAGGCCUCCAAAACUUUGACUUGCCUCCCAAACUUAAGCAGGUGUUUGGGAAGGGACUGAUCAAAGCUGCAGUCACCACAGGAGCCUGGAUCUUCACCGGUGGAAUAAGCACUGGGGUAAUCCGCCAUGUGGGGGAUGCACUGAAGGAUCACUCCUCCAAGUCCAGAGGGAAAGUGUGUGCCAUAGGGAUUGCUCCAUGGGGGAUUGUUGAGAACAAAGAGGACCUUAUAGGGAGAGAUGUGACCAGACCCUACCAAACCAUGUCCAACCCUCUAAGCAAGCUGUCUGUGCUCAACAACAGCCACUCCCAUUUCAUCCUGUCAGACAAUGGCACAUGUGGAAAGUACGGAGCUGAAGUUAAACUCCGCCGGCAGCUGGAGAAGCACAUCUCCCUGCAGAAGAUCAAUACCCGCCUGGGUCAGGGAGUCCCUGUGGUGUGUCUGAUAGUAGAAGGGGGUCCCAAUGUAAUCUCCAUAGCCCUGGAGAGCCUGAGGGACGACCCCCCCGUCCCUGUGGUGGUGUGUGAUGGCAGCGGGCGCGCCGCAGAUAUCAUAUCCUUCGCACACAAAUUCACAGAGGAAGGGGGACUGAUCAAUGAGGAUGUGAGGGACCAGCUCUUGGUGACAAUUCAAAAAACAUUUAACUACAGCAAGAGUCAGUCCCAGCAAAUCCAACUGCUGAUCAUGGAGUGUAUGAAGAAGAAGGAACUGAUAACAGUUUUUCGAAUGGGUUCAGAGGGACAGCAAGAUAUUGAAAUGUCUAUUUUGACUGCUUUAUUGAAAGGCACCAAUGCAUCUGCACCAGACCAGCUGAGCCUGGCUCUGGCAUGGAACAGAGUGGACAUUGCUCGCAAUCAGAUAUUUGUCUAUGGACACUAUAUACCUACUGCCAGGGCUCUGCCCAAUACAACAGGCAUUACCACCACUGCUGCCCCCACCCAGGAGAGGCAGAAGAGCCCUGCCAGCGGCACACGAAACAAGGCCAAGGGCAAGAAAGGCAAGGGGGGGAAGGUGAAGCCUGAACCUCCAGAGGAGACGGAUCCCAGGAAGCUGGAGCUCAUUAGAUGGGUGAAUUCUCUGGAGCAGGCCAUGAUGGACGCCUUAGUGCUGGACAGGGUGGACUUUGUCAAACUGCUAAUAGAGAAUGGUGUGAACAUUCACCACUUCCUCACCAUCCCCCAUCUGGAGGAGCUGUAUAACACGAAACUAGGUCCUGCGAACACCUUGCACGUUGUGGUGAGGGAAGUCAAGAAGGGAAACCUCCCCCCAGAUUAUAACAUCACCAUGAUAGACAUUGGGCUGGUAAUGGAACACCUCAUGGGUGGGGCUUACCGCUGCAAUUACACCAGGAAGAACUUCCGUAACCUCUACAAUAACCUGUAUGGACUAAAGAGGCCAAAAGCCCUGAAACUCUUGGGAAUGGAGGAUGAUGACCCAAGACCUAAAGGAAAGAAAAAGAAAAAGAAAGAGGAGGAGGUAGAAAUUGACAUUGACAACCCUGAGGUUUGUCGCUUCAAGUAUCCGUUCCAUGAGCUGAUGGUAUGGGCAGUAUUGAUGAAGCGCCAAAAGAUGGCACUGUUUCUAUGGCAGAGAGGGGAGGAGGCCAUGGCUAAAGCACUGGUAGCAUGUAAGCUCUAUAAGGCCAUGGCCCACGAGUCCUCAGAGAGCGAGUUGGUGGACGACAUCUCCCAGGACCUGGAGAACAACUCCAAGGAAUUUGGCCAGCUAGCCUAUGAACUCCUGGAUCAGUCCUAUAAGCAUGAUGAGCAGGUUGCCAUGAAGCUCCUUACCUAUGAGCUGACCAACUGGAGUAACUCGACCUGUCUCAAGUUGGCUGUGGCUGCUAAGCAACGUGACUUCAUUGCUCACACAUGCAGCCAGAUGUUGCUCACAGACAUGUGGAUGGGUUGCCUGAGAAUGGGCAAAAGUCCUGGUAUUAAGGUCAUCCUAGGCAUCAUCUUCCCACCCCUCAUUCUGCUGCUAGACUUCCGUCUAGGAGAUGAGAUGUCCUCUCAAGGCUCUGGAGAGGUUGACCAAAGCAAAGACAAGGAUGACGACAACAAAUCCACCAAGGAUGCCAGUGGGGAUGCUACAUCCAGGAAAGGAGAUGAGGAAGAAGGAAACACCAAAUUUCACAAGGUUCCCAUCGGGAGAAAGAUCUAUGAGUUCUAUAAUGCUCCUUUCACAAAGUUCUGGUUUAACACAAUCUCCUACUUGAGCUACUUGAUGUUAUACAACUACAUUAUCUUGGUGAAGAUGGAGCCCUGGCCAUCUAUACACGAGUGGACCGUCAUCUCCUACAUCCUCACACUUGGCUUUGAGAAAAUCAGACAGAUUUUGAUGUCGGAGCCAGGAAAGCUGAAACAGAAGAUAAACGUGUGGCUCGAGGAGUACUGGAACAUCACAGACCUAGCGGCCAUCACCACCUUCCUGCUUGGGCUUAUGCUACGACUGCAAAGCGAGCCCUACAUGGGCUGGGGUCGGGUAAUCUACUGCAUCGACAUCAUCUUCUGGUAUAUUCGCGUGCUUGACAUCUUCGGAGUGAACAAAUACCUGGGACCCUAUGUCAUGAUGAUCGGUAAAAUGAUGAUUGACAUGAUGUACUUUGUGGUAAUCAUGCUGGUGGUGUUGAUGAGCUUCGGCGUGGCCCGGCAGGCCAUUCUGCACCCUGACGAGGAGCCCACCUGGCGCCUGGCCAGGAACAUCUUCUACAUGCCCUACUGGAUGAUCUAUGGAGAAGUGUUUGCGGACUCGAUAGACCUCUAUGCAAUGGAAAUCAACCCUCCAUGUGGGGAAAAUGUUUAUGAUGAGGAUGGGAAGAAGCUGCCGCCAUGCAUUCCUGGAGCUUGGCUAACCCCUGCACUCAUGGCUUGCUACCUGCUGGUGGCCAAUAUCCUGCUGGUCAAUCUGCUCAUUGCUGUCUUCAAUAACACAUUCUUCGAAGUGAAGUCCAUCUCCAACCAGGUGUGGAAGUUCCAGAGAUAUCAGCUGAUCAUGACCUUCCAUGACCGGCCCAUUCUGCCUCCCCCUCUCAUUAUCUUCAGCCACCUCUACAUCAUCUUCAACAGGCUGUUCCGUCACUGCGCCAAAAAGAAACAGGAAGGGGAGCUGGAUGAGAAGGACAGAGGACUCAAGCUGAGGCUCACUCCAGAUGAGUUGAGAAACCUGUAUGAGUUUGAGGAACAGUGUGUUGAGGAGUAUUUCCGUGAGAAGGAAGAUGAGCAGCAGUCCUCCACGGAUGAGCGUGUCAAAGUUACCACAGAGAGGGUUGAAAACAUGUCCAUGCGCCUGGAGGAAGUAAACGAGAGAGAGAAUACCAUGAAGGCCUCCCUGCAGACAGUGGACCUUCGCUUGGCACAGCUGGAGGACAUCCAUCGGCGCAUGACAACAGCCCUGGAAAAGCUGGCCGGGGUAGACAGGUCAGACCUGACCUGCACGCUCUCCCGGGUCUCGUCCCUGCGCGACCCAUCUGGCUUGUUCCGCAACAGCAGCAUCAACAGUUCUGAUGGCUACAGCCUCUACCGCUUCCACCUGGAUAUGGAAGAACAGAGGGAGGCAGACAAGAUGGCUCAUUCAGGUCUUGAGCAACAGAGGAGUCUUCGACAAUCCACCAACGCCUCUGCCCUCAAUGUCAAGGAGUACGGUAACACCUUAGAUGUGGAUGCAGGGGACAGGUUGCGGCACAGCUCAUGUGUGGACAUCCUGAUAUCCCCAUGUGACCAGAAGCCUACCUCUGAGGGAGUUAAUGGAGAGACUAUAACUAACACAUCUACAGAGGCAGUUGUAGACCCAGUUGUAGGCAAUCCCCUAAAAAAAGGUCUACAUUUGGGAAGAGCCAACCUUGAAACUUCUACCUCCUACCCUUUAGAGAGGUCCCGAUCUUUGAAAAGCUAUCCUCAUGAUGGCACUGUCACCUCUCCUUACUCUGAGAGGAAAACAAUGAGUGAUAUUCUCUACAAUCCAGCUAAUGAAUCAAAUGAAGCCCUCUCAACUUUUGACUACAGCUCUCUAAUGGACCACGUAACCAAGAAUCCAAGUCAGUGGCCACCCUUCUUUAGAUAUAAGAUCCAUCCCAGUCCUCUUGGUCAGACACCCAAUGUGUCUAUAUUAAGGUCUCCUGAUUUGCAACCUGACCUGCCCACUGUCUCUGCAGUGGCUGAACAGCAGGAACCCCAAACUCGGCAGAGUCCUGCUCAGGCUGUGCUGAUUCUUCCCACCAUAGACACUGAGGAAGACCACACAAAGAUGGAGGAGACAGCCUUAACGCAUAAAGGUCUGGAUGACACUGCCGAGAAAGGCCUCCUGUGUGUAGAUGAGGAAAGGUUUUUCCACAGGUCAAAGAGCUGGGACAGUAGUCAGAGAAAGGCAAAAAGCUUGAGAGAGAGCAUGGAGAUGACCAGAGCUGCCAGUAGUGAGAGAAACAUUGUUAGGGUUUGUGAAGACUCAGUCAAUGUGCCAAAGGAGGAUGAAAAAGAGGCAGAUGAGGAGAGAAAGAGGAAGAUGGGGAGAGAGAUGUAGAGAAGAGGGGGGACACCAAAGAGAAAAGAGAAGAAGAACAGAAAAGAGAAGCAGAGGACAAGAGAAAGCUGGACAAGAAGAGCACAAGAGCACAAGAGAGAGGCAGAAGAAAAGAAAGAGGCAGAAGAAAGGACAGAAGCAAAGAAAAGCGGGACAGUGGACAAAAGAGAGGAAGAAAAGUGAAAAGUGUGUAAAGGAAGUUUUCCGAUGGCACUGUAUUUCUAGAUUGAUAUGAUUCCCGAAUUGAUACAAAUUCUUUAUUCGAAUAAAGCACGUAAUAGAGCGCUCUGUGACCAGUCCUACUGGAGGACCCGUAUGAGAGAGUCGUUUGACAGAGGGGUAGCCUUCAAAAUUCACACAGUCUUAUAUAAACUUAUAACAUUUUAUCAUUCUAUACACCAAUCAAAGUAGCUGUCCCAUGUCUCUUCUGUGAUUGGCUCACUCCUUAAAACAAUACAAUCAUUCAAUCAACAUUGUAUCCAGACCAACUGUCUCCAAGUUAAGUGGUCAUAAAACUACUCCUUUGUUGGGUCAUUUUCAAACAAUAAUUCAUUAAUACAAACAAUGAAACAGGAAAGAAAAAGGUCAAACAGCUGCUUCAAUAGCACCAGAGAAUGUCUAAUGUGGGGAGAACUGCCACUCUGGAAACUUCCGGGUUCUAAACUGGUUGCAGUUCCACUUUAGUUCCAUAUGAGAGCGCUAACAGGCGAUUACAGAAAGAAUGGAGGUCUAUGGUAGCCUGGUCCUAACCAGAGUCUCGUACAUUUCAUUUGUACAGAGAGUCUG